CCCUUCGCUACCGCGCUCCGCCCCGUUAAAGGGGCGAUGGCCGCCCGGCGCGGCGGGAAGCAAAGGAUUCCCUCUCCCGUCCUGCUGCUGCCUCCCCUCCCCGCCGCCCUCCGCCUCCAUCCCCGCGCCGCGGCCCAGCCGGACAGCGCGGCCGCAGGAGCCACCAGCAAAGAUGCUGAGUUUUUUCCGCCGCACGCUGGGCCGGCGGUCCAUGCGGAAACAUGCGGAGAAGGAGCGGCUGAGAGAGGCCCAAAGGGCCGCCACCCACAUCCCUGCGGCUGGUGAUGCAAAAUCCAUCAUCACCUGCCGAGUAGCGCUGCUGGACGGGACGGAUGUCAGCGUGGACCUGCCGAAAAAAGCCAAAGGCCAGCUGCUGUUUGAGCAGAUCAUGUAUCAUCUGGACCUUAUAGAAAGCGACUACUUUGGAUUAAGGUUCAUGGAUUCUGCACAAGUGGCGCAUUGGCUGGACAACACAAAAAGCAUUAAAAAGCAAGUUAAAAUUGGCCCACCGUAUUGUCUGCAUUUUCGUGUAAAGUUUUACUCAUCAGAGCCCAAUAAUCUACGUGAAGAGCUAACAAGGUAUUUAUUUGUUCUGCAGCUGAAACUGGAUAUUCUUAGUGGAAAAUUGGAAUGUCCUUUUGACACAGCCGUCCAGUUGGCAGCUUAUAACAUGCAAGCUGAACUUGGAGACUAUGAUCCUGCUGAACAUGUCCCUGAACUGGUGUCUGAGUUCAGGUUUGUUCCCACUCAGACUGAAGAGAUGGAACUGGCUGUUUUUGACAAGUGGAAGGAAUGCAGGGGGCAAACACCAGCACAGGCUGAAACUAACUACCUAAACAAAGCUAAGUGGCUGGAAAUGUAUGGUGUAGACAUGCACAUAGUCAAGGCAAGAGACGGCAAUGAUUACAGCCUGGGACUGACACCUACGGGAGUUCUUGUCUUCGAAGGAGACACGAAGAUUGGCUUGUUUUUCUGGCCAAAGAUAACAAGGCUUGACUUCAAGAAAAACAAACUCACUCUGGUUGUUGUUGAAGAUGAUGAACAGGGAAAGGAGCAGGAGCACACUUUUGUCUUUAGACUGGAUCAUCCCAAAGCCUGCAAACACUUGUGGAAAUGUGCAGUGGAACAUCAUGCCUUCUUCCGGCUCCGAGGUCCUGUCCAGAAGAGCUCAAGUCGAUCAGGCUUCAUUCGAUUGGGAUCUCGGUUCCGAUACAGUGGGAAAACAGAAUAUCAAACCACUAAGACCAACAAAGCCAGGAGAUCAGCAUCGUUUGAAAGACGGCCCAGCAAGAGAUAUUCAAGACGAACACUGCAAAUGAAAGCACACACUGCUAAACUGGAAGAAACAAGUACUGCAAACAAUGCUGUUAUCAGCCAAACUAAUGGAUCACAAAGCUGGAAUGUAAAACCAAACCUACCUGUCCUAACAGCGGUUCCUUCUGCCCCAGUCUUAGUGGAAAUAGAAAAUCUCCCCAGGAGCCCAGGAGCCAGCCAGCAAGACAAGAAGUGCAUCCCUCUUGUUGAUUUGCUAGACAGCACGGAGCUGCCAGAAUCCUGUGUUGAUGAUGCCAUUGGCCAUCCGGUUGUUGGCUUGGCUACAGGAGAUUCAGAAGAGGCUGUUAGUUGCCCUCAUCCUGGCACGAAGGAAGCUGCUGCUGAGAAAGCAGACUCUGAUUCAUUUGAAGACACAUUCCUAAAACUGAAACAGCUGGAGACAGAGCGCAGCAGCCCCUUGCCAACUGAGCGUCCCAACGUAAACAUAAACAUCCAGGAUGAAGUGGUGAAGUUGACAGAUAAAUGUCUUAACAAUGCAAUUGAGAGCCCAAUAAUAGCAGCGAAGUGGCUUCCAGAUCUCAAAAGCAAUAUCCUGAAGGCCCAGGCAGAAGCAGGUCACAAGGUUAUAAAAGAUGACAGCAUGACAGGUGUCAAGAAUUCUAAUAUUCAGGAUGCUGCUGCCAGGAACAUUCUCCUGUCAGGCAAAUCACAGCAUAGCCCCCCAGCAACCAGUCCAGGAUUUCAAGACCCAAGAGAGCUGCUGAAAGCAAUCCCUGCUUCAAACACCUUUGUUCCUAAUGCAUUGAAUGAGGACAAUGCUGCCUCUAACCACGAGGACCUGCUAAAUCCAGCUAAUCUGGCUCCGGCUGAGGAGGCUGCUGUUUCAAAGAGCACUCCAGAUGACCAGGACGUUUCCUUAACAUCACUGACAGAGAAUCUAAUUGACUUUACAGAAGCCACACCUCGGGUGUCUUCCCAGCCCAUCAUAACACCGAGGUGGUUAGUGCCAACAGGACUGAUUUCCAAUGGGCCUUUGGGAAAUGAUUUUGCCUUAUCCAUGAAGGCAGCGAAAGGCAGCACAGAGACUCUGUUGUCAGCUGGAUUUACACCAUCCCAGCAGAAUUCCGAAGUCCUUGCAAGCCCAGUUACUGAAGAUGCUACAGUAAGAACAAAAUGUUUACUCACCACUGAACUCUAGAAGAAGGAUUUUCUGAACUUCUCACCAUGUAAAAACUCAAAUCUUCUAAUGUAUCUCCAAGGGAUCCUUCCAAAAGACUUGCUUGGGACUCAAACUCAUGUUGAAUCGGAGUCAAACAGCCAUCUGGUUUGCUAGGAUCCAGGAAGAGACUCCUACAUUUAUUGCAAUCUAACUGGAAUUUCAGUCUAAACCAGGAUGUAAAACCACAUACAUGUUUGAUCUUCUCCCUUGGGAGGAGCGAAAUGCCACACUGGAGCUGGAUCUGAAGUGAGGAACAGAAAACAGCUGUGUUCUGCUCAUGCUGGGUUUAUUGUUACUUACCCUGUGCUGGCUCUCAGUACGGUUCCUGGAAGGCUCUCACUGCCAUGUGGGGUGUGGUGUGAGCUGGGUGACCGCUGCAGAGUGAUUGAUGUCGCAGAGAUUAGGAGAACUCAUAGGGCCACCUCGUGGCCGUGCUGUGUACAGGGGCUUACAGUGGUGACUGUUUCAUAUGGCCAAGGACAUUUUCUUCUGUGUAAUUAUUCCCUCUGUUUGUCCUUUGUUUUACCCACACUUACUCUCCUUUUUGGCCUUAAACACCUUAAUAAUCCUUGCACCCCUUGUUACAGUAUCUGGAAAGCAUGAAAAUCUAGUCCAUCAGUGAUAGCUGUGUUGACUGGAUUUGAGCUGCUGCUCAUUCCAAUCAGGAAAAGGAAAACUGACCUGCCAAACAGCUUAUAGCAUUAGCACACAACAGCAGAGGACCCAUGUUUGACACUUGAUUAUUUUAUUUCCUACAUGACUGAAAUACAUCUGUUUUAGGCUAGAGGUAUGUAUGAUUUAAAUGCUGAAGCAGGCAAGGUAUAAGUACAGCUUACUUCAGGAACUGCUUACUGUUUAGUUUUGUUGUCUUGUAGGACUAGAAAGGAAAACAAUUUCUUUGUUUUUCUUCAUACUAUUUCUGGGUGUUUUUUCCAGAUGCUGUGCUUCAGGAAUACUUGCCAAGUAUUUUUGCAGCACGAGGGUACAACUAGAUCGGUUCUUAAUGCCAUCUUGAAUCCUGUUUCAAGUGUCAUCUAAUAGUUUUAUGUGGAACAAAGAAUGGAAAGAAUAGGGAAAACAGGAAAAAAAGAUGAAAAAUUCCUGUAAGCGGUUCAGGUCUCACUAGAAGGAAGGUAAGAGCACAGACUCCACAGAGCUGGCAAAGGCCUUUUGGUGCUCUGGUGAAGUCCAGGGUACAGUUGCAAGAGAUCAUUUGAGCCCUGCGCAGCAAUAUCCUCACAUGGACAUGUGAAGGUGAGCACAUGGACCCUGGGGAUACAGCCUGUGAAAAAGGUCAAUGCAGAGUCAGAGGGAGGAGAAAUAAAGGUGGUGAUGAAUUCCACAU